AUGGCGGAGCGGAGGGUGUCUCGGUGGUACUUCGGGGGCCUGGCCUCCUGCGGGGCGGCCUGCUGCACACACCCGCUGGACCUGCUGAAGGUACAUCUGCAGACUCAGCAAGAGGUGAAGAAGAAAAUGACCGGAAUGGCAAUCACCGUGAUAAAGAAUGACGGCUUUCUUGCGCUAUACAAUGGCCUGAGCGCAUCCCUCUUCCGACAGAUCACAUACUCCAUGACCCGAUUUGCCAUCUAUGAGACUGUGCGAGACAAAAUGUCCCAGGACAGCAAGGUCCCCCUCCCAUUCUACCAGAAGGUUCUGCUGGGAGCAUUUGGCGGUUUUACAGGGGGCUUCAUGGGGACCCCGGCCGACAUGGUUAAUGUCAGAAUGCAAAAUGAUGUGAAACUUCCGGCCCACCUGAGACGCAACUAUGCUCACGCACUGGACGGCAUGUACAGAGUCCUCAAAGAAGAGGGAUUCCGGAGGCUUUUCUCGGGGGCUACCAUGGCAUCCAGCAGGGGGGCCCUCGUAACUGUGGGCCAGUUGGCGUGCUACGACCAGGCUAAGCAGCUAGUUCUGAACACCGGCGUCAUGUCUGAUAACAUUUUCACCCACUUUCUUGCCAGUUCAAUUGCAGGUGGAUGCGCUACAUUCCUUUGUCAGCCGCUGGAUGUCAUGAAGACGCGAAUGAUGAAUUCCAAGGGGGAGUACCGGGGAGUCGCCCAUUGUGCCAUGGAGACGGCAAGACUGGGACCAUCGGCCUUUUACAAGGGUCUUGUUCCGGCCGGUAUCAGGCUCGUCCCGCACACAGUCUUGACCUUCAUGUUCCUGGAACAGCUGCGGAAGUACUUCGGGAUCCGGGUCCCCGCCUAAUACUGGCAGCGGGGGGGGGGAGGGGGUCGUCGGGGGCCACCUUCUCCAUCUUCGAACUACUACUGAAAAGAACUUGAGGGCAACCGGUGCCGACGUUGGCAGAGCUGAUUUUUACGGCCAGCGUGCCAUUUCACGUUGCCGAGGCGGAAUCCCAGAUGGAUUUGACAACGGGACAUUGAAGGACAAAACUUUCCUAGCCAAUCGGUUCUAAGUAGUCAUGUGACCUCACAGGCAACCGUUCCAGGGGGGGGGGGGGCUGAAAA